AUCCUGAUGCAUGUAUACGCGAGUGUGACGAGGCUGUGCGUACACGUCAUAUAGGAGGGCACAUACUUAUAACGUUUUUGUUAUUUAGCCAAGGUAUAUUCACAUUAUACGCAUCUACCGCAAAAGUUAUCCCUAGGCUGCAAAACUCUCCCCCCGCCAUCCCCUGGAGGUUUUUCCUUCCUCCGGCACAAUAUAACGGAGCUUGCUCUCGCGCGCGGAUAAUGAGCGAGUAGUCCUCCCCCUUUUUUUUUCGCCUCGCUUCUCUCGGUGAUACGAGAACGGCUGUGUAGGGUACUUAUAUAUAUAUAUAGCGGCGCAACAACAACUACACCCAUCCUAGUGCGCGCUUAGAUCGGCGAGCGAUCGGACACCUUCCAGUGCGACUCGUCCGCGAUUAUUUUCCGAUACUUGCUCCGAUUCGGAACAUCAGGGAGUGUGUGUUGUACGGGGCUCGACUUUGUUUCGACCUUUUUCUUUUUUCUUUUUUUUUUUUUGUUUCAAGAUAAGCAAUUACUGUUGUGGCUGCUGAUGUUGUUUUCGGCGUAGGAUCUGCCGAUUGCAGAGGACAAAAGGAAAAAAAAAAAAGUCAAAGAGGUAGAAAAGAAUAAGGGGGAGAGAGAUAGUGACGGCCAUGAGGGCGAUUUCCACCACACCCCGGCUUCUGCUGCUUUUGGCGGUAGUCUUGCCGUUUGCUUACACCGAAGCUGCCGAUCAAUACCCCUUGACGCACUUGCGAGCAGAAGGAGGAAGACCGAGGGCCAACGAUAACAACGACUACGAUGUGGAGGCGGAGGAGGGGGUAGUCGCGGUACCCGGCAAGUGGUGGACAACGUCCGAGUCUCGAGACGGAGGAGGCGACGAGGACGACCCACGGCUGAACGAGCUCGCGGCCCACGAAGAGGAGUACGGCCUGGCAUCGCCCGAGCAGGUGAAAAAAAGGGACGAGCCGGUGUCCCUGAAGGAGCUGCUGAGGCACUGGGGCGUGGACACGUCGGCGCGCGCCCAGCGGGGCGACAUCGAGGUGACGGAGGUGCCCCGUCGCGAGUACGCGGGCAGGGGCGACGUACCGGUCGCUCUCACUGCCCAACUGGGGCGCCACAAGCGACAAGCCCCGGGGCGCAAGCUCCUCUGGAGGACGGCCACCGGGGACGAGGACCCGUGGGGCUACGCGGAGAACGACGGCUACCAGGGCGACCAAGCGGACGACAGCAACGAAAGCGAAGAGGAAGAGGAAGAAGCGAAGGAGAAAAGAUUCGUGAAAGGCGGUGGUGACGACGACUACCACGACAGGGCGGAGGAGGAGGAGGAGGAGGAGGAGGCGAGGAGGAGUCGGUGGGAGCAGGCGAGGCGGCGUCAGCGCGAGGAAGAGGAGUCGAGGAGUCGGGGUACCGCGGCCAAGAGGCCCGUGGUGGAGCCGGAGCAACCCACGAGCUACGAGGAGAGGCUGAGGCAGUGGCAGCGAAUGAAGGAGGAGUACGACAAGCUGGCGCGGGAGAAGCAGAGCGGCCGCUACAGGAACCGGACGAGGACGCCCGAGGAGCUGGAGAACGAGCGCAAGCUCCAGGAGUACAUAAGGAGGAACACCCCGAUAGACGUGAGCGGCCGCCGGGGCCCGAGGCCGGACAACCAGAGCCCUCCUUCUCCCGUGGCCCCGAGCAACAGGGAGCAAGAGGAGCGGAGGCGAGCCGACGAGGAGCGCCGCAGGUGGUUGGAGCAGCAGCACCUCCACAGGGAGAGGCCGCCACCCCGAGCCGAGGGCCCAUCGGCGACGGUGGCGGGAGUCGGGGGGGAGGAGGAGCAGGAGGAGGAGCGGCAGAGGCUGCGGGAGAACGAGGCGAUUCGCCAGGCCGAGUACAGGCGGCGCCAGGAGGAGGAGCAGCGCCGUAGGCUCGUCGAGGAGCAGAGCCGGCGCUUCGAGGAAGAGCAGCGCAAGGCCCACGAGCUGCAGUCGCGACCUACCACCGCUGCCCCAUCGUCGCCACCUCCUCCUCCUCCUCCUCCGGGUGACCUGCAUCACCAGCAACCGCACCGUUACCACCACCACCACUACAACCAUCACCAUCCACAACAACAAGGGGAAGGGGAAGGGGAAGAGGGGGUUGCCGUGAAAACGAAGCCGGUGAGGAUGGGAGGCGGGGAGGACCCGAGGAAACGGCCCUGGUGGACCGAGAGGCCUGCAACUACGAGCACCCUCGAGCCGGCGAGGGAGAACGAUGACGGGGACGAGGAAGAGGAGGAGGAGAAUAAACACAGGGAGGCUGCUGGAUACCCGGACAGGAGACGACCGGACCAGAGGGGCUGGCACGAGGAGGACAACCGUAGGAGGUACCUCGAGUUUAAGAAGCACAGCGACACCGUGCACCGCCAGGGUAGACCACCCCUGAUGGGCCUCACCACCGCGUCAAGUGACGCGCCUUCAAUGCCCGUGACGGCGGCAACGAUGCCAACCUUGCCAAGAGGUAACAAUCUUCGGGACGAGGACAAACACAAUUAUGACGACAACGAGGAGGACCACCUGCGGAGACUAGAGUCCGCACCGCCAGUUUCAAAAGUACCCGGCAAUCACAACGACACGUCCAAGAAACAGCCCCGACCCCAAGUGACGUCUCGCCUCGGUGGCGCUGGCAAUUAUCCCGAUGGCAUCGAUUUUCCGGGUAUCAGUCCACACCGACGAGGCCCGGAAGCAAAUCGCUUUCCAGCUCCCGUGACGCCCCGAGCGCCCUCCAAAAGCCCCAAGCCCUGCGUCUGGGCGAUUGUGGUCUGCUGCAGAAAUACGAACAACAUGGAGCGCCAGACCCGCUGCUUCGAGGCUACCGACUGUCCCAGCUGGGACAGCGAGCGCUGCGUCGACAACAACAUACGCGCUGCUAAUCGGGAGAUCAUGAAUUUUUACAUCAAGUCACGGGCUUCCUUUCUGUAGCUCACCUGUACCUACCUAACGUUCUAAUGCACAUACGUACGUGGCGCGUGAUUCAGCUAGCUUUUAACCUUUAUUUUUAUAUUUUCCCCGUUACCACGGUAAACGCUAAAUCGUUCGAUAAUUAUUUGACCAGAGCAUACCAUAGAAAUUUUUUUUCAAUCCCAACGGCUCAUGGCAGUCACACACCUAUCUGUAUUAUAAGAUUUACUAGAUUUUAACUGCCCAUUUGUGGAAUCGUGUAAUUUCGUAAAUGAGCUUUCUCCCUCGUACUAUGCAUGCAUGUGUAUAGGGUAUUUAUUUUUCGAAAAAUAUAUGAUAUUUUAUGUCUUGUUUAACGAAGUACAAUUGUAUUUAAAAUAAAAUAACGUUUGGGGGGAAAAAAACAAGAAAAAAUUAAUUGCAAGUAUUUAAAAUGACUUUAACAAAACCGUUGGUAUAUUUUAAUUAAUAAUGAACAAAACUUAAAGUUUUUAACUUUAAUUCAUCAUUUCAAAUAUAAUUAUUUUCGAUGUUGUAUUUCAAAUGAAACUUUUAUUCGAUUGGAUAUUCAAGGAAGUUUAGACCGCGAUCACGCGAGGGCCAAUUAAUAAAAUAAAAUACUCAUAGUAUCUGGUUUUAUUUAUUGGUUCUCGAAUGGUCGUAUCUACGUUUGUUCAAGUAUUUUAUUUGAACUAAUGUUUUCAGAUGUAAUGUUUUAUUUUAAUAUUUAUAUUCAAGUAAAGGUAAUUAAGUGUUCAAAUAAGCUUCAUUAAAACUCAAAUAAAGUAUCUUUGAGUAUUUAAGUAUAAUAUGUAUAAUCGAUAUGCUACCUAUUAUCUAUUUGUAAACGAUUUGACUGUAACGCCCAUUACCAUUUACAUAAAUUAUUUCAUACAAUUGUUGCUUACAUUGAUUGUAUUGCUAUUAAAUAAUUUUUCGAUGGGUUUGAUUUUUUUACGCUUUUUGGAAACAUACGCGAUAAAUAUUGUUGCGUAAGACAAAGUAACAUGGAAAUAAAUUUUAAUAAAAUAUUUAAUUGCAAUAAUUUAUGCAUUUGCUACAAAAAAAAGUAAU